UGAAUCCUGAGCGUUCAACAAUAUUCCAUGGUAGUGGUGUUCACUCUCGGUCUAUAGGCAAGGCGGAAGAUAUAGCCCGAGGUAUUUCUUUGUUUCACAAUGCAUUCUUGGCACUGAUGGCCAAACAGAGCUCAACCCUUGCGGCGUUGCCGAGAGCGGAGGUCGGUGCCUACUGGGUGCUCUCUUUUGGCUCCCAUCUCUACUCAUUCUAUCAACUGCACAUAUUCUCCAAAGAGCAUGAAGCAGGAUUGGAGAGAGAGUUCCAACUGGAGAAAGGCUUUCUAAUAUGGGGGCAUAAAAAGGACCCUACAGACUUUGAGUGGAGUUUCUGGAGUCACUGGGCUAGAAAGUCUUUGCUGUGGACUUUGUUGGGCCAUGCCGUGGUCUCCAGACUAGCCAGCUUCUUCAUUCCUAAGUUCAGAGUGACAGCUCUGUUGGCCUAUGGUCUCCUUGUGGCUUGCUGUGUAGUGGGGAUUAAAGGAUUGGGUGUGGUCCUUGGCCAUCUGGGCCUGUCAUUGGCUGUUGCCCAGCUGUGUAACCCUGCCCUGUCCUGGAGCUGUGCCCUGCUGCUACUUUCCACCCUCCACAUCCCCCCACUGCAGGAGAUACAGAGAAGCUGGUACCAGACAGAAGAGGAGUACUACCUCUUACUCUUCAGUGUGGCAGUGUGUGGCCUGCGCUUCAUCAGCUUCAGCCUGGAGCACUGCUGGCGCCCCCUGGAGGCUGGAGGACUGCAGCAGCAGGUCUACUGGCUGACCGCUUACUCCUUCUACCAUCCUUUGUUCUUCAACGGACCCAUCCUCACCUUCAAGGACUUCCUCCAACAGAUGCAGGUACCUGUGAAGGAUCGUGGUGCUAGGAUUACGUUCCUCUCGCUGCUGGCCAACGCUGGCAGGAUCUGUGUGUGGUGGCUUAUAGCAGAGUACAUGAUACACCUGAUGUACAUGCACACUAUACAGGCAAACGAAACAUAUCUGGAGAUCCUGCCACCUUGGGCAUUGGGUGGGCUGGCCCUGGCAUUAGUCCAGUUCUUCUAUGUGAAGUACCUGGUUCUGUUUGGUGUUCCGUCUCUGCUAGCUGGACUGGAUGGGCUGGCCCCCCCAAAGCUACCACGCUGUGUCAGCAUUAUGCACAGUUUCACAGGAAUGUGGAGACACUUUGACGUCGGGCUGUAUCACUGGCUUAUCAGGUACAUUUACAUCCCAUUAGGAGGUUCUCACCACGGGCUGCUGUGGAAGAUGCUGUCCACGGCUCUGGCAUUUGGCUUUGUAUGUUUCUGGCAUGGAGGACAUGACUACCUACAGUACUGGGCUCUGAUGAACUGGGUCGGGGUGCUGGUGGAGAAUGGAGUGACCAUCCUCAUCUCUUCUCCCCUCGUCUAUCCAUCUAUUGAGCGCUGUAUCUCCCCAGCCAUGAGGAGGCGAUGUUUGGCUCUCAUCUCAGCCUUCUCCACAGCCAUGCUCAUUCUGUCCAACCUCAUCUUCCUUGGGGGAAACCAUGUUGGCAGGAUCAUGUGGAAGAGGGUCUUUAUACAAGGUUGGUGUACAGUGGCUCCACCCAUGUUAGCCUUCCUCUAUUGCUUUGCCCAGAUCGGACUGGAGUGGGAACACAACCCACCCUAAAUCACCAACCCCACAGAGACUGUUGGAAGGGAGGCAGAACUCAUCCUAACUCACCAACACACAGUGCUGACUCUGCUAUGUGGGGAGAACAACCCACCUUAAACCACCCCACAGUGGACUCGGGUAGCCUAGCAGUUAAGAGCGUUAGGCCAGUAACCAAAAGGUUGCUGGUUCAAAUCCUGAGCUGACUAAGUGAAAAAUCUCUGUGCCCUUGAGUAAGGCACUUCAACCCUAAUUGACCCUGUAAGUUGCUUUGGAUAAGAGCAUCUGCUAAAUGACUUAAAUGUAAGUGGACUCUGCCAUGUGGUGAGAACAACCCACUGUAACCACCCCGCAGUGCACUCUGCUGUGUGGUGAGAACAACCCACUGUAACCACCCCACAGUGCACUCUGCCAUGUGGGGAGAACAACCCACUGUAACCACCCCACAGUGCACUCUGCUCUGUGGGGAGAGCAAACCUGUCCUUUACUACCCACCCACAGUGGGGACUAUCAAUGAGACCUGCUGAGGAAAACACUGGACCCAUGUACGUAUGUGACUAUAAGAAAGUGACCUACAGUAUAAGAAACCUGUCCGCCAAACUACCUGUACCUAUGAGAACUGCUGCUUAAUAUUUGGGUGCAUAUAGUAAAACGCAUAUAUUGAAAAACAAUGGAUGCUGUUCAGUGGUAAUUUGUUGAUAACCUGACAGUGAGGCUUGCAGUAUCCAACCUUGGAUGUUUUGGAUCUGUUUAACCCCAAAAUCAGCAUUAUACAUCUCCUGUAAUGGAAUGGCUGAAAGCACCUCAGUAUAUUCCAUUGACUGUGCUAAUCCUGUAUCUGUCUCAUAGCACUAAAGGGAUCAGCAGAUCUGUGUCAGUUUAACUAACAUGUAGUGUCGGGGGAGAAAACCCUGCUAAUUAGACUAGCCUAACACUACUCUGAAAGGGAUUUAGGUCACAUCCAAAGAUGGCAUCCUAUUCCCUAGCUAGUGCACUACUUUUUACCAGGGGCAAUAGGGCUCUGGUCAAAUGUAGUGCAUCAUAUAGGGAUCUAUUUGAGACACAAGCUUAAAUGGGUCUUAUGACAUCCCGAGAAUCCAAAUAUCCAGUCAAGAAGAGAAUACGAUCUGCAGCGUUAAAUCUUAAACAGUUUAUGAUAAGAAACCCGCCACACAAGCCUUUUCGUGACGGAUUACAAGUAUAGCAAUAAUUUCAUCACACGUAAAGGUUGCUUCAAAGGGUGCCCCAUGUUAGUGUUAGUCAUGUAGGCUGUUCUUACUAAUAAUGUGCUUGUAUAGAUGCAGUUCGUCACCCAGUGAGCCGGCCCUAAUAUUUAGGUUGGCAGUGACUGACCUCGGUUCUACAUGGGCCAUUGUGUGUUCCUCCGUCACUGGAUCCCUCACUCCCUUUUUUUUCUCUUUCACUUUGUUUCUAUUUCUCUCUGUGUCCGACUGAGUCUCUCUUUUCUCUCUAUGUUGAUAUCUGUAUCCAUCUCUGUCAGGGAAGAGGGCCCGGUGUCGUGUUAAUUGGAUGUUAAUGUGAUGUUUUUAUACAUAGCGUUCAGUAAAUAUUCUGCUCCUUCAGGAGGCAGCCAGGCCAUGCAGGUGUUAUCCAGCUAGAUUCAACCCCUUGUCUCUUACCUAACAUGAUUGGCUGGAAUGGAAUAAAUGGAACGGUAUCAAACAUAUGUAAACCACAUGUUUAACUCCGUUCCAUUAAUUCCAUUCUGGCCAUUACAAUGAGCCUGUCCUCUAUAGCUCCUCCCACCAGCCUCCUCUGCUAUCACUGUACUAUAAGUGUGAGAUGAUGCAUGUGCAAGGGUUUGUUCUUCUACUGUUGAUGAUGAUAGGAGACUGUCCUGUAUCUUAUCAUUGUUAUAAUGGUGGCUUCACCUAUUGACAUGGAACUUUGUCUACUUACAUUUUUGCCCCUAUCGAAUAAAUAGUUAUUUCUUCAACAUCA